AUGGAAAAAGUAGAUUUACCAGUUCACAACCAUCCUUUGUUACCUCUCACUCGAUUUUCCCAUGGUCGAUGUAAAGGUUGCUGGUCUCAUGGUUACAUAUAUGGAGGCUAUCGUUGCAAUGAGUUGGGGUGCGACACUUUGUUUUAUAAAGAGUGUGCCGAGUCCUUGCCAGACAUCAACCACUCUUCCCAUCCUGAUCAUCCUCUCAAGCUUGUCCGAAAAUUCCAAUCAUCCAUUUGUAGUCUGUGUCAAGUUUGGUUUGACACUGGUUACUUCUGUUCCAUAUGCGAUUUCAAGUUGGAUUUGGGUUGUGCGUGGAGACCAUCACCACCCCUUACUCUCGAAAACACCGACACGCAUGAGCAUCAGCUUGUACUCUCUAAUGGAGUGGGGUCUGAGUUGUCUCAAAGUACAAGAAACUGCAAAGUGUGCAGCUCUGAAGUUCUUGAAUUCAAGCAAUAUUACGAGUGCCAUCAGUGCGAGUUGUUCUUCCAUGUGAAAUGUACCAAGAUCUCUCUAGAAGAAUAUCACACUUCUCACCCUGAACACCCACUCAAGUUUCUUACAGGCGAUGAAGCACCUGGUUACGCAGACAAGAAGUGCCUUCUUUGCGGGAUGGAGUUUAAUCAAGAACUUCACCACUGUGACGUUUGUAAUCAGCAUUUGCAGAGGCUGUGCGGAAAACUCAUCACCACUUAG